UACACAAAGGGCACAUGACAGGAACAAUUAGAACCCAUCAGAAAAACAAAAAAGAAAGCAGAACCAAUGAACCACCACACCUCCCCCUAAACACAGCAGCCUAACAACAAGAGAAGCAAAAAAAGCCAAAACAGCUUCAAAUAACAUCAAAAAAGGCCAAAACCCUUAAAUAUCUAUCUUUUCAUUUCCUUAUUUACCAUCCUACUUUUUUUUUAACAAAACAUACCCUUGCCUUUUGCCAAAAUAGAUCGGGAGUGGUACCCACAAGUUUCUAUCGUCUCUAGUGAUGUCGUCUUCAGAGUCAGGUGGAAGAGUGAGUAGCUGUCAAGUUGAAGUGGAAAAUCAAGCCCCGUUACCACCGCCUUCUGUUCCCAUGACAAAUAUGCAAACGGAUGGAAUUAAGCCGCUUUCAGGAAAGCCAUACUUUGAUGUGAUUAUUUCAAAAACACAUCUCAGACCCCGUUAUGCAGCGGGGCCAUCUGGCAAUAUAUGCUCAACACUUCCUUUUGUAGCAGUUCCGACUAUUAUAAACUGUCGUGGUAAGGGCUGGAACAUGAUUUAUAAUGGCCAAAACAUAUGCAAGCAGUUUGAUAGCAAGGGCUGGGGAAAUUUUGUGAAAGGUAAUAAUUUGAAGCUUGGAGACGCAUGCGUUUUUGAGCUCAUGGAGCAAAGUAAAGAUAAAAUUGUCUUUGAAGUUCAAAUUCUUAGAGGUGACUUCCAGUUUGAAUUUUCUGGAAUUGGUGAGAGUGAAGAAAUGCCAGUUGUCCUAUCUGAAUUCCCUGGAACUGGUGAGAGGGAUGCACCCUUUCUCAUUGACUAGCUGAAAACCACAUGCCUUUGUUCAAGAUGAUUGUUCAAGGUUGGAAGAUGCUUUUGUUUUGUGAGCAUGUUAGAGCAUAGAUUUUGGUGUUAGGAGCAGUGAGGUUAUGUACAAUGCACUACGUCAACUUGCUAGCUAAAUGAGUAAAUGCCACUGGAAUUUUAUUACUAAUGUCAAAGAAACAUAUUGUUUUGUA